AUGGCAGCCCGUCCCCUGAUGUCCCUGGCAUGGGAAGCCGUCAUGAUGAGACGCUACUUCCCCAAAGAGGUUUCGGGCGCUGCUUCGGCUGCGUACCGUCACAUGAGUGCGCAAGAGGUCCCCGUUGAAAAACGGGUGUCGCAGAUGUUCGGAGGGGCAAACGUCAACACCUCAGAGGCCAGCUCUGCUGGAGCCAAGCGAGCAUCCUUUGCCCUGUGA